AUGUUAGGAAAUUUAGAUGAAAUAGCGUAAAAUAAUCUAAUUAAAGAUUAUGAACUUAAAGAAAUAAUUACAACCCUUACAGAAAUUGGAAUAAAGCCUUUGAAAUUCUUGGGAAUCUAUAAUGACUUUGUAGCUAUUGAAACUAGAGAGGCAGAAUAAUGUUAGAAUAGGUAGACAUUAAUAACCAACAAUAAAAACAUUAGUGCUGAUAUGAUUGAUAAAAUAGUAAAAUCCUCUUGUCAAAGUUGUUAUAUUUCUUAAUAAAGAACUUAAAAAUAUGAAAUAAUUCAUAUUCCUUCUGCAAAAUAUACUCUUAAUGACUAAAAUAUUCAUUACAAAUUUAAAGACUUAGAUAAAAAAAGCUUAAUUGAAAUAUUUACAAGGAUACUCUAUGUUGUUAUAAGUAUGUAAAAGGAUGAUGAUUAUUAUUUAGGAAUUAAUAAAGACUCUAUCUUUUUUAAAAGAAAUGGAUAAGUAUUUCUAAAUUAAUUUAAUUUUAAGUCCAUAGACAAAAUUAAACAUUUAAUUUAAAACAUGUUUGAUGAUGAAUUCUUAAUGUAUUUACCACCUGAAAUAUUGCAAAAUAGUCUGUAUAAAUCUUCCUCUGAUAUUUACACCUUAGGAUUAUUUUUUUUAGAAAUACUUGGACUCUAAAUCGAUAAGGAAGUUGCUCUUUAAUUAAGUAAUUCAAAUUACUAAAUAACAAAUUGUUUAAAGCAUUAAGAUUUAGUUAGCAUUAUAACCUAAUAUAUGAUAUGCUAAGAUUAUUAAAAAAGAUCAUCAUCAAUAGAUUUAUUUUGGCUUUUUAAAUUUCAACUUGAGGAAAAGUUAAAUAUUUAAGAAAUUUGUAUGUUCAUUCAAUCUAAUAUUCAACUCAAUAAAAAUGUAAUCAGUGAAAUUCAAAAUAGUUCCAAAAAUAUAAAUCGUAGUAGAAUAAUCAGUGAAUAUAAAAUUUUUGACAAUCUGAUUGAUCUAGAAUAUUAUUAUUAAAAUGGUUGUAUAGUAACUUCAUUAAAAGAAUGUAAUUUAUAAAUUUUAAUUUUUGGAAAUGAAUUAUCUGAAUUCGAAAAUAAAUAUAUGACCAUCAAUAUAGAAUUAGAGAGUGGCUACCCUUACAAAUCUUCUCCGUUAAUUCAAUUUGAAAACGGUAUUAAUUCUAUUUUAUGUGGAUAAAAUAAUCAAAUUCUUUAAACUUUAAAUAUUGAGUGGUCACCUGCUACUACUAUUAAAGCUUAAGUAAUUACGGUUGCUAGUAUUUUUAAUAAAUCAGCUAAUGAUAUAAUAUCAUUUUUUUACUGUGAAGACAAUCUAAAUGAAAUGAAUAGUCAAUUAUUAUCAGAGGAACUGAAAAAGUUGGGAGAUGUAGAUAUUUUAUACAAUUAAUAUAAAUCUUAAUUCUUAUAGAAAUAUGCAAAAUGA